AUGUUAUCCACGCUGCAUGCAAACAAAACGAUACUGAAAACCGUUUCGGUAUUUCUCGCCAGCGGCAAACGAAACUCGAGCAACCAGUCGAAGGCCACAGCAGCUGCCUUGCAGAACAAGCGACAGCAGCAGCGCCAACGCAAAAUGGACGAGCUAAGCGGCAAAAUCAAUCCCAAACUAUUGGAUAGCUUGCGCAAAAAGACACGCUUCACCAAGGACGAAUUGGACGCGCUGUGUCGCAUUUAUCGCAAACUUGUGAGCAAUUGCCAGUAUGCCGCCAAGACCUUGGCCUCCAGCUCAUCCAGUGCCGCAAUUGCCAAGCCAUAUGCAGCCGUUGAGGGCAUCGAUCGCAUUGUGUUCCGUGAGCUGCUGCACAGCACCUUUGACAUUGUCACCGAGGAGAUCUUGAUGGAGCGCAUCUUUUGCAGCUGGGACAAGGCGCACGAGGGGCUGCCGCUGCGUCUCGAGGGUUGGCUGAUAGGUUUGUCAACAUUUCUGCGCGGCACAGCCGCUGAGCGUGCUGCGUUUUGUUUUCGCGUCUACGAUUUAAAUACGGAUGGAUUUAUUACCAAGGAUGAGAUGUUUACGCUAAUGCGUAACUGUUUGAUUAAACAGCCACAGGACGAGGAUCCAGAUGAGGGUGUCAAGGAUUUGGUUGAAAUUGUUUUGAAAAAGUUUGACAUUGAUAAGGAUGGCAAGGUUUCAUUGGAGGACUUUAUGGCCACUGUGGCGGCGGAGCCAUUGUUAAUUGAGGCCUUUGGACAAUGUCUACCCACCGAUAGUGCUGUGGUCUCAUUUUUCUCAACGUUGCAGGUUUAA